AUGGCAUUCAUCAGCACAACCAACCCAGCGUUUACCGGCUUUGGAAACUUGGAUGAGGCCAUCGUUGAGUCGCGAUACGCGGCCAAGCGGCCGCUGACCCUCAACGGCACGGUCAACAAGACCGCCGCGCUCCUCGCGCUCUGCGCCGCCUCGGCGGCCGCGACCUGGGUGCAGCUGCUGACCGGCGGGCCGGCCGCGUUUGGCGCGGUGCUCGGCGCGACGAAGGUCGCGGGGAUCGUGGCCAUGGUCAGCGCGCUCGCGUCCAUGUUCAAGCCGCUGUGGAGCGGCGUGACGGGCCCCGUGUACGCGCUGGCCAAGGGCGUCGCGCUCGCGGGUGUCAGCGCGUACGCGGAGCUCAUGGUCCCGGGCAUCGCGCUCAACACGGUGCUGCUGACGCUGUGCACGGCGGGCAGCCUGCUGUUCGGCCUGCGCAGCGGCCUGAUCCGGGUUACCGAUCAGUUUGGCGACGCUGUGCGGGCAGCCACAGGCGGCUUCUUCAUAUCGAUGCUAGCAGUGCUGGUGAUGGGCAUGUUUGGCAUCCGCUUCCCCUCACUCUUGACCUCCGGGCCCCUCGCCAUUGGCGUGAGCCUCGUCUCUGCAGGGCUGGCGGCGGCAAACCUGCUGCUGGAUUUUGAUUAUGUCAAGCAGGCGGCGGCUUCGCGCGCCGUUUCUGAAAAGCUUGAGUGGUACAUGGCCCAGAGCACACUGUUCACCCUGGUCUGGUUUUACACGAGCCUGCUGCGGCUGAUGAUGCUCCUUUCGGGCGGGCGCGAUGACUAG